GGCAGCCAGCACCGCCCGCCUCCCGCGGAGCCAGGGGCGUCGCUGCCGGUGUCCCACAGCGGCUGCCGUGUCACGCCGAGCCCGGGGUCCGUCGGCUCUGACGGUCUAAAUUCCUCAAUAUUUUCUUCCCUUUCUUCAUGUCUAGGAGCUGGAUAUUGUGAACUCAGAGGAAAGGAAUGCUUCGGUUAUUCACGUGUGUGACUCAAAGGACUUCUGGAUGAGGUGCAUGUCUAACAGUUCAGAAGUGGUGGAAAGAUCCUGGGCUACAAUCAGAAGAAAUCUUGACCAUCCACAAAAAAUAGUCUUGGAGGUGCUCUGAAACUAGAGGCCCAAGAGUUUUACUUUUCAUGUACAAUGAUAAUGAUACUCAGCAUGUUGUUAUUCUAUCACAUGCUGGCCGGAGCCUUUCUUCCGUUCUUCAUCCUUUCAGGAAACAGGGUUUCAGCUGAGAACAUCAACUUUUACAAUGUGAGACCUCCACUAGACCCCACUCCAUUUCCAAACAGUUUUAAGUGCUUUACUUGUGAUAAUGCAGUGGACAAUUACGACUGUAACAGAUGGGCUGAAGAUAGAUGGUGUCCUGAAAGUACUCAGUACUGUUUGACUGUUCAUCUCUUCACAGACCAUGGGAAGAGUACAUCAGUCACCAAAAAGUGUGCCACUGGAGAGGAAUGCCAUUUCGUAGGCUGCCACCGUCACAGGGAAAGUGGCCACACAGAAUGCAUUUCUUGCUGUGAAGGGAUGGUUUGCAAUGUAGAAAUACCAACGAACCACACAAAUGCAGUAUUUGCUGUAUUGCACGCCCGAAGAACGUCAGAUGGCAGCAAGUGGACAGUCAACAUUGCAGUGCUUGUGUCAGUCAUGAUGACCAUGAUGUUGUGAUGCAAAACCCUCCUGUUAGAUCUGUUUGAGAGGGUCUGCCUGUCUGUGUGCCGUCAGAAACUGUAAGAAGCUUGGUUUAGUAUGUGCAAGGAGAAAUCACCAAUACUUAUAAAUUACAGAAAAUGUAAGAGGACAGUGGAAAGGAAAGGGUACAUGGGGAAGUCCUUGGAUAUUUUAGUGAAGAUACUUCACGUGGCCUGCAGUAUUCAAAAAAAAAAGCUAAACACAACCACCCACUGAUUGGGAUGAACUCACGUUAUUAUAAUUUACUAUUUUAUGAUAAAAAUACACAUAUACUUGGCUUGUUUUUUGAACAGAGAAAAAUAUCUGUAGACAAUCACAAGAUAAAGAGGAACUUUCAAUGGAUGGUGUACCAACAGUUAUCUCAAUGGCAACUCUUUUUAAAAUGGUUUUCAUUGUGCAUAAAUAACAAGGAGUUUCUUGUCUUGAUCAACAGGUGUAUUUAAGCUUAUCUUCAAUUAUGGUUUUCAUAGAGAACAUGUAUGGUUUUCAUAGAGAACAUAUAUGAUAAAUUUAUUUUUCUGUUUUGACCAGAGCUGUUGUUUCUACUGGAAAUAAUACAAAAUAAUUCCUUUUAUCUUUCCUUCCUGCAAAAUGUCUCACACUCAGUUUUUAAACCAGUCUGAAAUUAUGUAGAAUUUCUGUCUAAAAACGACGAACUGUUUGAGCACCUAAAUGAGAAUUCCUUCUCCAUGCUAAAGGGAUCAUUUUCUUGCAGUAGUGUCCCAUCUCAGCUGAAUCUUUGUCAUAUUGUUCAAAGUGGAGGUAAAACCAUGACUCUGAAAUUGGAGGUACAGUCAAGCAGCUGUGUCAUCAUAAAAAUUAUAAGUGAGCACUUGGUAUAAACAAGGAGAGAAGUCUACCAUGUUCUGUCUCAAUUUGCAGAAGUUUCUCCCAGAAAUAUUACUGUCCUUGAUGUAUCUUCAACUUGUAAGUCUGUGCUAUUGGAUAUCCUGGGCUUCUAGACAUCAUUGUUACAUAACUUUGGCACCCUCAUUUGAAACUUUUGGGUCAAGAUUCUAUUUUUCAGUAUAGCUAAGGAUUUGACCUGCCUAGAACUUCACUGUUUUCUUUUUCUAAACUAUUUUAUUCAUUUAUUAAUAUACUGAUUUAAUUGCAAAUAAAAUAGAUUGUUCUGAUCUUUCCCUGUUUUAAAUGUCUCAUUUCUUAAAUGAGAUGGUUCAAAUUAUGAUUAAAUGUUGAAAUAAUUUUCAGGAAGGACAGAUUAUUAAAACUUACUCUCAAAAAGAGAGUCAAAACUGUUCUCUGAAAAAUUCAAGUAACUAUAAAUUGGAUUUUUUUUACAUAAAUGUUGGCUUGAUUAUUUGCUGGUUAGUGUCACUAAAUGUAUUUAGACAUUUGCCAGUUGAAACAGAGAUUCUGAACCAGUUUUGGUUUUGUUUAUAUUCUAAAAAUGCCUACACAAUAUUUUUAGAAUAUCUGAACAUAUCUAAAAGCCCAUGAUUUGUUGACAGGCAAUGGUGUAGCUACAAAAACUGGGCGGAAACACUUUUUUCUUGCCAAUACAAAAUAGUUCUUGCUGUCUAAAGCCAGGUUUUCCAAGCUGUGGGUUCUCACGACUGUUGCUGUGCCAUCCCACAGGAGGAGAUGGUGAGCAUGUUCUGAGUAAAUUUUUACUUUGUUCAUCAUCCCUAGGUAAUGUACCUGUAGUAUUAGUUGUGGGGUCAGACAGUGACAAGCACAUUAAAUAUUUUUCAUCAUUAAACAUCAUGUUUUUGCUGUAUGAUCUAUGAUGCUUGAACUUUUUUGCUUGUGGGAAAUUCAUUCCAGGUUUGCUCUCUGUUCAAAGUUGUCUUCACUGUUUCAGGUCAUGGUAUUUUUCCUGGGUUUGCCUUUAAGCACUAGAUGCUUCCAUAAUUCAGUUUCUGGGAAUAAUUAUUGCAAUAUACCAAGGCCUUAAUGUAUCCUGUAGUCUUCUAUGACUUUACUGUAAGUAAUUUACAGUAAUCUAAGUGCUGACAAUUGUUUACACUGCAAAUGCCACUCCAGAACAUUUGGGAUUGCCGGGGAAACUUUGGAAGCUGCCCAGAGAGAGGGCUCAGGGGCAAAGGAAAUGGGCUGCAAGUUCUCUACAACUGCCAAGAGACCUUUGGGAAGGGAUGUCUCCAGGUGUUUGUUUUCCUUGGUUAAAAUAAAUUCUUUUUUUCCCCAUUUGCCAGUCUGAAAAGUUAAGAAAUUUGCUCAGAAUUUAAAUACUUAAUGCAUUUGGUUAAUAAUUGCUUGGAACUAAAAAAUAAAAAAAAUGAAGAAUUC